CUCAGCCCUAUACUCUUUCUACAUACUGAACAAGGCUGCCAUCGGGCAGGAGAUGCCAUCAGCAACAGAUUAUGAAGCGCAACGGAAAGCUUCCAAGCAAAGCAAGGCUGAUGUGGCACCGAGGAGGUUUGAUCGAAAUGCGGCUCAGUCAAAUCCUGGGUCAAUUCAUAUAGAGACGGGCAACUGGGCAGAUAAUCCCGAUGUGUCUAGGCAGGAAGGCAGAGGAUAUUCACAGGAGCUUAAAGCAGUAAGGGGUAGUUUCUUCUCCCCAACCCCAGUCCCAUCACUGAACAAUACACCAUUAAAGAAAUUGAAAACCUAUGAAGAAAUUGUCAAAACCUAUGGAGCGGGUGUUAGUUUCAAUGAGGGAAUGCCCAUCGAGAGAUACCCAGCCGGUACUCAUGGUCUUUUAGUGACAAGGAAGAGUAUGUUAUUCCCGGAGGGAUGGACACUUCGCCUAAAGGCUCAGCCCUAUACUCUUUCCAUUAUAAGUAAAGUCAAUUCGGGUAGUUCGCCGCGUAUAAGGAUGGAUUCGGCUAUGAACCUGUUGGUCGAGGCGGUUAAGCGGUUGACCGAAGGAAGGGCUGUCUGCUUUCAGCCCUACGAUCAAUUGCACUUGGGCUUAAAAGCGCCUGAGCUGAUUGACGAAUGCUUUCUUGCAGCUCUCCUUCUAGGAAGCAUUCCUCUUAGUAAUAAGAUGAGGAUUGAAGACCUAUAUGGAAUUUUUCGCCAAAUGUGGAUAUCUCAAUUACAUCGACCCUGGUCACGUGCAUCCUUUCUAGGGCUUGGUGGCAGUUGGACCAUGGAUGGGCGGGAGACUGGGCAUAAGCUCGUGACAAGAUAU